AUGUCCUCUUCCGGAGCACCUGGUCCCGUUGAUGAUGGGUUCACUGGUACCAGCAGAGCAACUGAUGAAAUGCCAGAGGUUCGCAAUCAGACCAACAGAGAUUCUCUAUCUGGCUUCUUUUCUCUUUCCAGUGCUGAAACAUCAUGUGAAACUGUGGCACUCAAAAAACACCAGCUCAUCAUCGACACAAAAGAUGAAAAUACAACUCACAGCUGGGUGCAUUGCUCGAACAUCUCCGUGUACUUAUCAAUGUCUUUCAACGCAGAAGGAGAGUUGAAUAUAUCUGCAAAUCGCUUCAAACAUGAAAAUAUUUCGAAUGCAUUGACAGGUUUGAUUAAGAAGUUAUUCCGUGUUCGGUUGAUCGUGUUUUUAGGUAAUCUGUUCUUGAAAGAACAAGAUGUUUGGAACGCAAGUAUCAAGGAAAAAUUAAGCUCUUCUGAAUUAUUUCUGUCCAUCUCGGGUGGUUUCAACCACAGCUUAACACACUUCCUCAAACCGAUUCAUCUGGGGGUGUCUGUGCCAUUGAUAACUAUUUCUCUGAUAGGGCAAAAUCUGUGCAUACUCUUCAACGGCUCGGGUACACUUGAUUCACUCACUUUUCCUACCAAAACGACCUUCGUUGUUCCUUCAAACACGGAUCCACUUGUUAUCAAGUUGAAAAUCAAACCAUCCUUGUUUCCAGUAAACUUUAUGGGAAGUCCCGCCUGUUCUGUACCGAAAGAGGUCACCCCAACAACAUCAUCCAACUCAGGUUCAACAGGGAAUAGUGAUAAUUCUUCGUCCCCCACCAACGAAGAAAGUUCUGGAAGGCUACAAUCUUUGAAUCAAAAUUCGACUUCAUCUCCAGAUGCGAAUGCUUUCAAAAACCCAUCAGUGGAUUCAAGAACUUCGUCACAUGUUACACUUGCACCACAUACUGGAGAAUUACUUGCUGAAGGGCAAAUUGAAGAUGAAGGUGAAGAAGAAAUCGAUGUGGUGAAUGAAACACCAGCCCGCUCGCCCGUCCCUUCCCCUGAUGUCUCUUCUGUUGAAGAGCAGGUGAAGAUUCAAAAGCCCCGAAUGGAUGACCUACAAGGAGACAGAGAUUCAGCAGGUUUCGCCCCACAAAUAAAUCUGAAAAAAUCCGAAGAGCCAGCCAGGAAAGCAGUUAACCCAGGAGAACUGACAAGUCAUCCAGAACAGUCUCCUUCUCGUCUCAUUCAAAAUGAGGAUAUGACCAAAGUUUUACUAGCACUUGUGCAACAGCGAAACCAAGCAGUUGAUCAGAAAAAACCUGUUAAAGAUGCUCAUAAUCCAGAAAAAUUGCUUUUGCCUUCAAAUCUCCAGCAAAUCAAGGAACAAGUAGAAAAGAAGGAAAUUGCUGUUAUCGUACAAAAAAGGGCAGACAGACAAGAAGAACCAGAGAGAAGGGUCGCUGCUCACGAAUCGCUUAAGACCAAGACGGUUUCUUCACAGAAAGAGGGUCUACCACACUCGAGGAACUUUGAUAAAAAGAAGAAACUGGCUCAAACUCCAGAUUCAGAUGAGGAAAGUGAGGAAGAUGAGCGUGGCUCAUCAUCCCGUAAACGAUGGUCCAGUUCGUCAUCCGAUUCUUUGUAUGAAAAAACCGAGAACAGCGAAAAAAAGCCACCAGUUGUGGAUGCAACAUCAUCUGAAGAAGAUCAUCAUUCUAAAGAAGACAAUGAAGAUCGGUCGAACUGGUGCCCCUCAUUCAAUCCCAACUGUCUGAUCGGAAAUGGGACGACUGAUGAUCUGUGGAUGGAAUGCGACACAUGCCACAAGUGGUGGCACGCGUUUUGUAUCCGCCUUGAAAUUAAGGCGUACAAAAAUGCAUUUCAUUGCUGCCAUGGAGAAUACUCCAAGAAAGCGCAAGAUUCACUAGAAGGGACGACUAAGAAAAAGUGGCUUCAGAUCCAGAAGGAACAGGCCAGAAAGAAUAAACUUCUCGAUUAA